GGCUUGAGAAACAAGCCAAAGAAGACGGGACAUGUCAAACCAGAUCUGAUAGACGUGGAUUUAGUUAGAGGUUCAGCAUUCGCAAAGGCCAAACCAGAGAGUCCGUGGACGUCACUGACCAGGAAGGGCAUCGUGAGAGUCGUCUUCUUCCCGUUCUUUUAUCGAUGGUGGAUCCAGGUCACCUCCAGGGGCAUUUUCCUCCUCCUGUUGGCUCUCUACCUGCUGCAAGUGGCAGCAGCAGUCCUGUACGUCACCAUCCCUCAGCCUCAUGGGAUACCGGCCACCGAGGUGUUCGGAGCCAUCUGGCUCAUGUUGCUGCUGGGAACUGUCCACUGUCAGAUCGUCUCCACCAGGACCCCAAAACCUGCCUCCAGCAGCGGGGGGAAGAGACGCAGGAAGUUGAGGAAGGCAUCUCAGAUGGAGGUGCAUAGGGAAGGAGACGGGUCUAGCACUACCGAUAACACACAGGAGGGGGCGCCACACUCUCACUCAGCCAGCACCACAUACAGCCUGGGCGCUUUCUUCCAAGAUUUCUGGCAUGAUAUCUGUAAAGCUGGAUCCAAGAAGUCCAAGCUUUCCAUCGAUAAGUCGACAGAGACCGAUAACGGUUAUGUGUCGCUCGACGGCCGGGUGACCAACCGCAGCAGCGAGGAGGGUCUUCAGCUCCGCGAGCAGAGAUGUGAUUUAUUAAACCGAGCCGACGAGAUGUGCUGGAGCCCACACAUCCAGCCCACACAAAGUCACGCAGCCCGCAGCUCGGGCAGCAAGAAGGAGCCGGCGUCAGAUGAAGCAUCGAGCGAGGAGGACCCUGAAGCGUCCUACAGCGCCCUCCGCAGGGGAGUGGAAAGAAUGAACAGUGACAGCGCGCUCAGAAACCGCAAGAGUACACACCAUUACAAGAAACACUACACUGUGGAGGAUGUCCCCAAAUCCGGGACCAGCUGCAGCUCCAGAUGUUCUAGUCUGAGGACUCAAGACUCGGAGAGCACUCGGCACGAGUCAGAAACGGAGGACUUGAUGUGGGAAGACUUCCUGCACUGUGCUGAGUGCAGAUCGUCCUGCACGUCAGAGACAGAGGGAGAAGCAGGAGGAACAUCUGUGUGUCCUCCAGCUAAAAAGGAGUACAGAGACGACCCUUUCCAUCAGAGCCACGUUCCCUGGCUGCACAGCUCAAACCCAGGCCUGGAGCGAGUGAGCGCCAUCGUGUGGGAGGGGAACGAGUGCAAGAAGGCCGACAUGUCCGUCCUGGAGAUCAGUGGGAUGAUCAUGAACAAAGUGAACCUUUACACUCCUGGUAUCGGGUACCAGGUGUUUGGGAAUCUGGUUUCAGUGGCACUUGGACUCACACCCUUUGUCUACAGGCUGGUCCAGUACAGCGAGUUGGAUCAGCUGACCAAGCUCUCGGCAAAUGAGAUGCUGUCUGUAGCUCUGGGAGCCGGGUCGGGAUCAGACGCCUUGGUAAUCACCAUGGUAACGCUCAGCUUCCUGGUGCGCGUUUGCCUAAUAUGGCUCUUCUUCUUCCUGCUCAGUGUAGCAGAAAGAACCUACAAACAGAGGCUGCUGUUUGCCAAACUGUUCGGUCACCUCACUUCAGCUCGCAGAGCCAGGAAGUCUGAAGUUCCCCAUUUCAGACUGAAGAAAGUUCAGAAUAUCAAGAUGUGGCUGUCGUUACGCUCCUACCUCAAGAGACGGGGUCCUCAGCGUUCAGUGGAUGUCAUUGUUUCGUCUGCCUUCCUUCUUACUUUGUCAGUGGUCUUCAUCUGCUGUGCCCAGCUUCUCCACGUCCAUGAAACGUUCCUGGAGUACCACUAUAACUGGGAGCUGGUGCUCUGGUGCUCCAGUCUGUCUCUGUUCCUGCUCAGGUUCGUCACUCUGGGCUCAGAGACCAGCAAGAAGUACAGCAACACCUCCAUCCUGCUGACAGAACAGAUCAACUUGUACCUGAAGAUGGAGAAAAAACCAAACAAGAAGGAGGAGCUGACGCUGGUCAACAAUGUUUUAAAACUGGCUACCAAACUACUCAAGGAGUUGGACACUCCGUUCAGGUUGUACGGUUUGACCAUGAACCCUCUGCUUUACAAUAUCACCCAGGUGGUCAUCUUGUCUGCUGUAUCAGGAGUCAUUUCUGACCUACUGGGCUUUAAUCUGAAGCUGUGGAAGAUCAAAUCAUGACCGAGACGCCCGCCCUUCAACGUUUCCA